UAAUCACAUCUAUCAAAGGCACCCCACCGGUGACUGCGCGUCAGCCAUGCAUUCCUGCUUCCAAGUUCCAGAGCUUAUCUCCAUGAUCUGCUCGUUCCUGUCUGGCCCCAAAGACUCAGCGACGUUGGUUGCCCUGGCGAGCACAUGUAAGAUACUUAGGGACCCGGCACUCGAUGCACUCUGGCAUGACCUUCGCUCACUUGCUCACCUGGUCAUGUGUUUGCCCGAAGACCUUUGGACAACUGUAGAGCGAGAAGUCGAAGGAGCAAUGGUUGCGGACGAUGGCAACGCUGCAACCUAUCAGAUCUUGCAUUUUCAACGGGCUAUGACACCAAGUGACUGGCGAAUCUUGGAGCAGUAUGCUCGUCGAGUUCGGAAGUUAGAGAUAGCGGGCUCUGGUCACGUUUACGUGGAAGCCGAAACGCUUGCCGCUAUCUCGGUUUACUGCGGUUUUUCUUGCGACGAGCUACCUGAAAUUCUCUCAGAAGCAGCCAAAGGGUUUCAUAAGCUAAAGGCACUCGAAAUCAUGUUGCCUUACUCUGAUACCACAUCGACAACAUCCGUCCUUUCGACCUUGGGUACACUGCGAUCCCUAAAGAACCUCACAUUGCGCAUCCAGACUAGUCAAGAUCACCACCAAGACUUGUUAUCGGGUACUUCUUUGUACCUUUCCGGGUUCACUCGUCUUCACCUUUUUGGGUAUCCCGGAUUCGUCGGCGAUGUCUUGUCUUGCUUUGAUCUGACGUCCAUUACAACGUUCGGGUCAGGAUUUUAUGGUCCAGUCAAAGUGUCAGAUUCUGACGAUGAAGCUGACAUCGGAGAGAUGGACACAGAAAGACAUGACAUUCGGGCAGUAUUGACGUCUUGUGCAGUGAGGCUGCCGGAGGCACUUCGCCGUAUUGAGCUGCACUUCUUUGAAGGUACCAGUCUCCCUAACUCGGACCUAGGGCUCGCUUUGCAGCCGUUUUCGAGGUUUCACGGGCUGACAGAACUCGCACUGGGGGCGCAAACCGCAUGUCUCACUGAUAACCAGCUGGGUGCAUUAUCCUUCCCUAAUCUUCGCUGGUUGCAUUGUCAGUGGUACGGACAGCCACCCAAGGCUACUCUUCGCAGUAUCGGCCUCCUUCAGCUCGGCUGUCCCCGACUACAGCAAUUACAUAUGCCCCUCAACCUCCGAGUCACCAACAACACUCUAUGCGAUACAUCUCCUGUGGACAUCUGUACCGGCGCCCUCGCCAUAUUGGAUCUUACAGGAUCCCUUCUGGACGACCCGGAGUUUGCUGCUCGGCAUAUUGCUGCGAUGGUGCUCAACCUGUCCUUCAUCCACUUUAAUCAUGCUGAUCAGGCGAUGGCCGAGCGUUGGGUGAAAAGGGUUGCCGCUGCGUACGGGUUCUGGAAGAGGACAUUGGCUCGAUAUCAGCUUGGGGUAAAGAAUAAAGUAGGGUCUGGUACGGAGAUCAACAUGCGGAAAAAUGCGACAAAUUACAUUAUACCUAAAUACCACGAAUUCUCCGCAGGACAGGACUGGUUGUCUAAGAAAACCCUGUCAUCACUCGCCAGAACAUGCAAGGACCUGAAAGAACCAGCGCUGGAUGCGAUAUAUUAUGAAGUGAACCUUGUCGAAGCUGUUAUGUGCCUCCCUCGAGAUGCGUGGACGACAGAACAGAGGCAAACGUCCAUAUGCAUGAACAGCCUCGAAGAAAAGCAGGAAACCAGUCUCAAAAGACGCUUUGUCUCCAGCGUUCGAUCAUGCCUAGUGACUGGCACAUCCUGGAAGAGUACACCAAUCGUGUACGAAGUCUAUAUAUAUAUGGUUUCUUCGAGCUCUGGCACUCGUCUCGCAGACGCCGUGGCACCUGAAUUUCUUGGUGCCAUAUCCGUCUACUGUGGACCAACUCUAUUUCCACAGCUCAGAAAGCUCUGGUUUUAUGGUGACCAGCAUGGUCAAAUUGAUCGGGCCUUUUCCUCAUUUCCGAGGCUGCUACUUGAACCACGUCUCGGCAACCUGGAGAUUCAUAAUCUAAACCAAAAUUCCCUACAUGUCCUCAAAGUACUUUAUGAGACCAAUCAGAAACUUCAAUCCCUUUCUAUGAUUGAGGUCUUCGUGGAUAAUAUCAUGCUGCCGGUAUUUCUACUGCAAGUAGCGGAAAACAUGAAGAAUCUCAAGGCACUCACCUUCUCCCUGCCCCAUGUCGGUGUCUCCACGAGAGCGGAACUUUUGUACACUAUCGGACAGUUCAAAUCCCUCCGAAGUCUCGACCUGCUCUCUCCUGCCCGAGGUAUCACUCAGCCCCAUGACUUUACAGUAUCUUCCGCCAUUUCGCUUCCCAAUCUAUCCCACAUUGGUCUAAGGGCGCGAAACUGGGCAUUAUUGAUGAACUGUUUUGACAUAAAAACCAUCCAAUCAUUCUCUGUAACAGCAUAUGACCCUCCAGACGGUAAUGGGAACCUGGUUUUCACGACAUUGGGAAAUAGGUUUCCUGGAUCAACUCGGGAUAUUCGCAUAAGCCUAUCGGGCUGUACGAAGUUGGAUAUCGCUGCCUUGCAAAUGCUUGUCAAAUUCCGUGACUUGACUAUUCUUGAUGUCAAUCUCAAGAACACAACUUUUGUUCUCGCCAACGAUGAUCUGCGCUUGUUGGCUAUGGCUGUUCCCCACCUCCUUCGCCUCGGUUUCCGCUUAUUUCCUCAGGAUCCUAGAGUUACCCUUCGAGGCAUCGGGCUCUUACUACAAAGCUGUACCAAGUUGAAGCAUAUAGACCUCGCUGUGGAUCUCAAAGUCGCCAACAACGUAUCGAUCGAUAUCUUGCCCGUGAAUGUCUGCAGUAUGACACUCAUCUCGUGGAACGUCAGAGGCUCGUUGAUAGACGACCCCGAAUUUGCUGCACUGCAACUAUCUGCCAUGAUGCCGUAUCUGACCGAAAUUAGGGAUUGGGACAAUCGUCAGGCGUGGAAGAAGGUGGAAAGCUUGCUUGCCUUUUUCAGGGGCGCCUUUUGGCGCCACCAGCAAGCCAUCCAAAGUAGCGCGUCAUGA